UACAGUAUUUUUGGAGAAGUUAGUAAAACCGAAUCUGACAUCACCAUUUAGCAGUGCAAGCAGCUAGCAAGUGGUUUGUUCUUAGGGUAGCAGAGAAGGAAACCUGUUCCCCAUCUGAUAAGACACAGUGCAAAGUGGGGACGCGCGCUCUUUCUUAGGGACACAGCUGACCUCCAGAUAUGACCAUCUAUUUGUGGCUCAAACUUCUGGCCUUUGGCUUCGCCUUUCUGGACACAGAAGUGUUUGUCACAGGGCAGGAUAACCCUUCAACCACUACUGCAGGACUGAGCACAUCAGAGAAGACCCUUCCUCUGACUCACAGUAGCCCUUUACCUGCUCACACCACUGACCUCACACCCUCAAGCAUCUCUGAAAGAGAAAAUGGCUCCUCAGAGACCACCUAUUUUCCAGGUCAUUCAUCCACGCCGCGGCCGCCUCACCUGCAGACGCCCUCUGCCCGAGGAACUAACACCCAGACACUCAGCAACCAGGCUGACCUCACCGCACUCAUGCCUACUUUGGGCAGGCCUGACUCACCAGGUGUGCCAGGGGCGACGGCUGCACUGGGGACCUCUCCUGCAGAUACAGCCCAUCCUACAGUCACCCACCCCCUUGCACUCAACAGCUCUGCUGCCUCACCUGCACACACCUCCAACAUCAGCACCACAAAUGUCUCCUCAGAUGCCAGCCUUGCAACCACUGCACCAUCCAUUCAGAACCUUCCAAGCACUGUCACUCCAAGCAGCACAAUAGCUACUACUGUACCCAGAACUUGUGAUGAAGAAUUUGGGAAAAUUACUGUUCAUUACAAAUAUAACAGUAGUAAUAAGUCUUUUGAUGCAAAGCUAGAAUAUGGCAAUCCCCCCCAAAAUCUGUGUGAAAUCAAAAUUGUGGAAUGUAAACAGCUUGACAAUCUACAAGAAUGCUCAAAGAAAAGUUUAAAUGUAUCUAAAGGCUCAUGUACUCCACCUAAAAUUAUAGAAUUAGAUGUACCGCCAGGACCUGAGAAUUUUACCCUGCAUGACUGCACAGAAGAUAUAAAAGCAAAUACUACAAUUUGCUUGGAGUGGAAAGCAGAGAUCUCUACCUGUAACAACACAAAAAUUACAUAUAAAUUUCUCUGUAAUGAUACAGGUACUCAAAGAUCUUCUCAAAACAUUGUGUUACGUGGUCUUCAACCCCAAACACCUUACGCAUGUGCUGCGGAAGUCCUCUAUAACAAUGUGAAACUUUUCCAAGAAAAUAAAACUGUGGAGACCGAUUUGGGGAUUCCAGAGAAACCCAGGAAGGUUUUGUGUGGGAAUGUAUCUGAGAACAAAACAUUAGUUACCUGGAAUCACCCUUCAACUUUGCUCCAUGGAUAUUAUUUGUGUUCCAAUAAGACCGGUUCAGAAAAUUGUAAAGAGUUGAAAGGGACUGUCAGCCAUGAAGUGACCCACCUGAAACCUUAUACAUAUUAUGGAGUGUCACUCCACGCCUACGUCGAUGGCAGGGUGCGACGCAAUGGGAGUGCUGAGCAAUGCUUCUUUCAGACAAAAGCGGCGCCACCAAGCAAGGUCAAUGAAGUGAAAGCCAUCCGGACAUCACAAAAUGUUAUAAUUGUCACAUGUGAACCUCCUAAUGAAAUUAAUGGUCCCAAGAAAUUUUACAUUUUGGAAGUCAAAAGUAAAGGUUCUGUACCUUUGAAAUUCAACAAAACCACAUGCAGAUUUGAUGUAAAGGAUCUCUACUACUUAACUGACUACACAUUUCAGGUCUCUUUUCACAAUGGAGAGUAUCAGGGAGAAGCAGUUGUUGAAAAUCAAUCAACAUCUUAUAAUGAUAAAGCACUGAUUACAUUCCUGAUAUUUCUGAUUGUUGUGACAUCAAUAGCCCUGCUUGUUGUUCUGUAUAAAAUCUAUGAUCUGCGUAAGAAAAGAUCCAGCAAUUUAGAUGAACAACAAGAACUUGUUACAAGGGAUGAGGAAAAGCAACUGAUGGAUGUGGAGCCAAUUCAUGCUGACGUUUUGCUGGAAACGUAUAAAAGAAAGAUUGCUGAUGAGGGAAGGCUUUUUCUGGCGGAAUUUCAGAGCAUUCCACGGGUAUUCAGCAAGUUUUCCAUCAAAGAUGCUCGGAAGGCCCACAACCAGAAUAAGAACCGUUAUGUUGACAUCCUUCCCUAUGAUUAUAACCGUGUUGAACUCUCUGAAAUAAAUGGAGAUGUAGGGUCCACCUACAUAAAUGCCAGCUACAUUGAUGGCUUCAAAGAACCAAGAAAAUACAUUGCCGCACAAGGACCCCGGGAUGAAACGGUUGACGACUUCUGGAGGAUGAUCUGGGAGCAAAAAGCCACAGUUAUCGUCAUGGUCACACGAUGUGAAGAAGGAAACAGGAACAAGUGUGCAGAAUACUGGCCAUGCAUGGAGGAAGGCACCCGGGCUUUCAGAGAUGUCGUGGUAAAGAUCAUCGAGCACAAAAUAUGUCCUGAUUACAUCAUUCAGAAGCUGAACAUCACACAUAAAAAAGAGAAAGCCACUGGGAGAGAAGUGACACACAUCCAGUUCACCAGCUGGCCAGAUCACGGGGUUCCUGAAGACCCCCACCUGCUCCUCAAACUUCGACGGAGGGUUAAUGCUUUCAGCAACUUCUUCAGCGGUCCCAUCGUGGUGCACUGCAGUGCUGGUGUUGGGCGCACAGGAACCUACAUCGGAAUUGAUGCCAUGCUUGAAGGCUUGGAAGCAGAGGGCAAAGUGGAUGUCUACGGUUAUGUCGUCAAGCUAAGGCGACAGAGGUGCCUCAUGGUACAAGUGGAGGCACAGUACAUCUUGAUCCAUCAGGCCUUAGUGGAAUACAAUCAGUUUGGCGAAACAGAAGUGAACUUGUCUGAGUUACAUUCAUGUCUACAGAACAUGAAGAAGAAAGAUCCACCCAGUGACCCCUCUCCUCUGGAGGCUGAAUUCCAGAGACUUCCUUCAUACAGGAGCUGGAGGACACAGCACAUUGGAAAUCAAGACGAAAAUAAAAAGAAAAACAGGAAUUCUAAUGUUGUUCCAUAUGACUUUAACAGGGUGCCACUGAAGCAUGAGCUGGAGAUGAGCAAAGAGAGUGAGCCCGAGUCCGAGGAGUCUUCUGAUGAGGACAGUGACUCGGAGGAAACCAGCAAGUACAUCAAUGCAUCGUUUGUAAUGAGUUACUGGAAACCAGAACUGAUGAUCGCCACUCAGGGGCCACUUAAAGAGACUGUUGGUGACUUCUGGCAGAUGGUGUUCCAAAGGAAGGUCAAGGUCAUUGUGAUGUUGACAGAGUUAACAAAUGGAGGCCAGGAAGUCUGUGCUCAGUACUGGGGAGAAGGAAAGCAGACGUAUGGAGACAUGGAAGUGGUGACCAAAGACACCAGCAAAUCCACAGCCUACACUAUCCGCGUGUUCGAACUGAGACAUUCUAAGAGGAAGGAGCCCAGAACGGUGUACCAGUACCAGUGCACCACAUGGAAUGGGGAAGAGCUUCCUUCAGAACCUAAGGAACUGGUGUCUAUGAUUCAGAACCUCAAACAGAAACUUCCCAAGAGUUGCCCUGAAGGGAUGAAGUAUCACAAGCACGCACCAAUCCUAGUCCACUGCAGGUAG